UCUAAUUUUUUAAUUGUCGCUGGAACGCGACUAACCUAACCUAUUCAUUGUGGCCUUUUAUAAAUUUAACAAAACUUUAAUAAUUACAGAGUUUAUCUCAUUACUUAUAGCGAAAUAAUGCGAAAUGUUUAAUCACCUAUAGAUAUUUGCUGUUAUUGCUUAGCUAAAUAUACGUUAUUCAUUGGUUACGUGGUACACUUUUGUUGUCGUCAAUAGUAAUUUUAGGAACAUGGGUAUUCUAGAGAAAAUAUCUGAAAUCGAGAAGGAAAUAGCAAGAACACAGAAGAAUAAAGCUACUGAAUAUCACUUGGGUUUACUGAAGGCGAAGCUAGCUAAAUACAGAUCCCAACUGUUGGAGCCGUCUAAGAAAGGAGGUGACAAGGGUGAAGGUUUUGAUGUGCUCAAAUCUGGUGAUGCUCGAGUAGCUCUUAUUGGAUUCCCCUCAGUGGGUAAGUCUACUCUACUAUCAACACUGACCCACACUCACUCGGAGGCAGCUAGCUAUGAGUUCACAACGCUCACAUGCAUCCCUGGUGUGAUUGAGUACCGCGGAGCUAACAUACAGCUGCUUGAUCUGCCUGGUAUCAUUGAAGGUGCUGCCCAGGGCAAGGGUAGAGGCAGACAGGUGAUCGCUGUAGCGAGGACAGCAGACUUGGUGCUAAUGAUGUUGGACGCUACGAAGCCUUAUGUGCACCGACAGCUGCUGGAGAAAGAGUUGGAGAGUGUGGGCAUCAGGCUCAACAAACCUAAGCCUAAUAUUUAUUUUAAAGUGAAGAAAGGUGGUGGCCUCUCUUUCAACUCAACAUGCCAGCUGACUAAGGUUGAUGAAAAAAUGGUGCAAAUGAUUCUGCAUGAGUACAAGAUAUUCAAUGCUGAGGUGCUAUUCCGCGAGGACGCGUCCGCCGACGACUUGAUCGACGUGAUCCUGGCGAACCGCGUGUACCUGCCGUGCCUCUACGUGUACAACAAGAUCGACCAGAUCUCCAUACAGGAGGUCGACAGGAUAGCCAGGCAGCCGCACUCUGUUGUUGUCAGUUGUAACAUGAAGCUGAACUUAGACUUUCUGCUGGAGACGCUGUGGGAGUACCUGUCCCUCAUAAGGGUUUACACCAAGAAGCCCGGCCAGCCACCAGAUUUCGAUGAUGGGCUCAUUUUGAGAAAGGGUGUAACAAUAGAGCAUGUAUGCCACUCCAUUCAUCGUACACUCGCCGCCGCACUGAAGUACGCGCUAGUAUGGGGUACCAGCACCAAAUACUCGCCGCAGCGGGUCGGGCUCGGUCACACCGUGCAAGACGAAGAUGUGGUACAACUCAUCAAGAAGUAGCACAAACUCAGUUGUUACGAGACGAUCUUCCGACGUCAAUGCUUGAAGUUUGGAUUGUGUUAAGUGUUGCGUGAUGGUCUUACCCUAUAGUUAGGAGAAAGCCACGCUGAAAGUAUGCUUAGUGGAGAUAGCAACUGUUUUGUCUCUUUUAUAUCGAAAUGAAAACUACUUUUGAGAGAUUGGGACAUUCACUGAAUGGCUUUUUUUUGGUAAUUGGGUAUAUAGUUGCAGUAAUAGGCAGGCUUCUCAGCAUGUCACAUGGAAAUGGAAUGCUGAGUUCGUUUUCACUUUUUAUCAUACAUUUUAAAAUAAGCAAAUGUGAUUUUAACGUUUUAAUACACCAAUACGCAAUACUUAAUCCUGUUCAAGCGUAUUUGAAGACUAUCUAAUUCUAUAUUGUGUACGAGAAUAGCUAGAGUUUCAGUUAUGUGUAAUUCUAGUUAUAGAAACCUGUUUGUUCAUUUAUAGGUUUUAUGCCAGAGAAUGGUAUGAUGUUAUGGCGCUCCCAAUAUCAUAUAUACUGCAUACAUGUUACGUAUAUUAUAUCCCAGUGAUAAGUUAGUUCUCAUAUGAGAAAAAUAUGCUUAUUUUCCUUUUUUAUUGUUCAUUUAAGUUGAUUGCUCUCCGGUAUCGGAUUCCUACAUAACAUUAAUUUAUUUUAUCAAUCAAAAGUUGUAUUUUACAGACAAGAUCAAUUUGUAGUUUUUGUUCCUACAGACUGGUUAAUAAUUUAGUUUUCAUCCUAAUUAUUGACUUAUAUUCUAACAAAUAUUGUUAUAGUGCCUGAAACAAGCCAGCAACAGCAAGCAAAGCAAUAAGUUCAUUGUUAUUUAAUGUGUUUGUACAGGAAAGGUCAUAUUGUAUAUAUACUCAUUAGACUUUUGCAUUGGAAUAAAUAUCUUUUUUAAAAUGCAA